GCUGAGCCCCGGCCCCGCCGCUCAGCCCCGGCCAUGGCGGCUCCGCUCUCGUAGCCGUGGCCGCCAUGCCCAGCGGAGCCGCCGAUGCCAACGAAACGGCCGAGCCGGCGCUGCUCCUCCUCCAGCAGCGCCUGCAAGGCCUCGGCUUCUCCCAAUCAGCCGCGGAGGAAGAGGAGGAAGAGGAAGAUGAUGAUGAUGAUGGCGGCGAGGCGGAGCUGAGGGAGGAUGAAGACGACGAAGCCGCCUCGUUGUUGUUGCCGCGCGCUUUGGAUGUUACGGGAGGCCGGGGGAUGAUGGCGGCCAUGCUGGCGCAGGCCUACGGUGAUGGCGGAGCUGUGGGAGGAGAACAGGCGGCGCUGCUGAGGAGGAGAAGCGUCAACACCACCGAGUGCGUGGCCGUGCCCAGCUCCGAGCAUGUGGCCGAGAUCGUGGGGCGCCAGGAGAAGAAGAAUUUAUGGCCCUCUUAUCAGAAGAAAUGAACUUCUUCCAGCCUCGAAGGCGCUGUUAGGAUUCGGAGGAAGAAGUUGACUGAUGACCAGACAGAAUCCUGUAUUUGAAUGGAAUUUAUGCAUCAUGUAUGAAGUGUAUGAAUACGCAACAGGCUAUUGCUUUUAAGGGUUAAUCCUUUGUUAACAGGUGUCCUUUUUCGGGCGUGCUGCCCAGAAAAGGUACCUGGACGUCCGUAACUCUUUGUCUUUAUUGUCUCAUAUUGUCCUAAUUCAGUUUGUCCAAAUUAUUAUUACUCUAAUUGUAUUACUAUUAAACUUUUAAAGUUUU